GGCGGGGCACAAGCGACGGGUUUCUUCAUCUGCUGUUCAAUCGCUGCCUCUCGUAGAAGUUGACGGCGUCGCGUUUGAAAGGCUUCAGUCACCAGGAAACCAACGUGGCCGAGAAAAGGCAAAACACGCUUACGGCACGGCUCCUAACAGCUCUAGUUCAGACCAAUGGCUUUUUAUUCUCCUUCUACCAUUUCACUUGCACGAAACGCUGUUACUGAAAUUGUUUCUUUUUUCCUUUUCUUUUUUUCCUUGUCGCCACACCUAAUGUAGAGCCAGCAGCAACGGAAUGACGGUUUGUGACUGUCCUAGACGUGACUUACAGAUAGGCUGAUAAAUGAUAUACGGAUGACAGAGAAAGAGGCCUGCACAAUGUAGCUUUAAGCUUUCCAAGAGCCUUGGGCACGAGAAGUCAAGCUACAGAACAGACAAAAAGGCUCGCCGUGCACUGCGCUAGGUACUGGUAAAUGGCCAGCCAUUACAGGCGCGACAAUGCUCCAUCACAGCGGGAUCGAUGCCUUCCGCCGAGGAUAUCUCGCGGGGCAAAGCGAAACGCGGCGGAUUAACGCUGCGUGCAUCGCGAGGGGAAUCGGAGAGACAAAAGCCGGCGCGACGCCGGGGUCUGCGCGAGGCCUUUCCACCACGCCAGUACGAUACACACGGGCCGACAGCAGAAUUUAAUUUCACGAAAGCCGGCCAGGAGGAGAGAAGGGGGCCGGCCGGGCGCCCGGCACGGAUAACUUUAGCUCAGCGCUGACCUCGCCCGCUUCCCCGCAUAGAAGCGCACGGCGAACACCGAGAGAGGCUCAAUUUUAGGGCCGUGUCAGUUAUGCAAAGUUGGCUCCCAGGACAGGCACUGUUUUUUUUUCUCCUUCUCCCUCUUGAAAGCAGCAUCGCAGAGACCGGGCGUCCUAGCUCUCCUCCCACCGAAAGAGCACUAACAGCUCCCGGGACGACGCUGCUUCACAACCAACUGUCAUGACAAGGGGGGGUUUGGGAUCUGGAAAGACGGGCAUGGGAGGAAUGGCUCGUCCGACCUGUUCGUCUCUCAAUGCGCCACGCAGGCAGAUGCGGAUGGCGGGGAGAGGAUGAGAGCGCCAGGGGUGCAAUUUAGCCCGCGUCUCCCCCACCCGUUCCCUCCCCUCCUGGUCUGGCGCCCCGGGCCGCAGCCCACAAAGGGGGUCUGCCGUUUACCAAUAAGGCAAGUUUAUUGCCACAUCGAUCGCGAGCCGCGCGCUCGCCCGCAGUCCGGCUGUAAAAAUAUUUUCCCCGUGUGUUGCGAUAGGCAGUGGGGGAGUGAGGGGGACAGCCAUCGCCCGCUACGCUCGCUCGCUCGCAAGGCGCUACGGGGGCUGCGAGGAGGAGGAGGGGGUCCGGCGCCACUUUUUUAUGCGCGCCGCGCUCUUGUUUUCUUUUGCCCUCUCCCGUAUGCGAGCCGCUCUCUCCCAAAAAGAAUGGGCGAGUUAGAGAGGGAGGGAGGCCAGCCCAGUCAGGUGACCCCGAUCGAGCGCUCCGGUUGGAGGAACGCCGCGCCUAACACACUUUUUUUCCGUCGGCUAAAAAUUUCUCGGGGAAGGAAGGCUCGCAGACGAGACGCCGGCUCUCCCGCGGGCCGGGCUAGGAAAACAUUUUUCCGUGCCGCCGCUGCCGCCAUCUUGGAGCGGCGCCCGUUGGCGAGGUCGUCGUCGCCGACGCCGCAUCUGCUGCUGCUGCGGUACACGACGCGGGAGCUUUGUUUUAGGACGACGGCGACGCCGGGCCGCUCCAGCACGCGCCUGCUGACCCGCGGGGAGAAAAACGUCCAGGAAUAACCGAAUCGAGAGCAUGGCCGAGCACUGUGCCAACAACGACCCAAUGUCCGGCGGGGCCGGCGUUGCGGCGGGAGACAGCCCCGGCCUGUGUGUGAGCCAGAAGAUCCACUGGCCGCACAACGUCACCUGCUACCUGGUCAAGUUCUACCGGCAGACGCCCUGCCUGUGGGACCACUCGCACCGCGACUACAGCGACAAGGCGGCCAAGGAGCGCGCCCUGCAGCAGUUCUCCAACGAGACCGGCUACCCCGUCGAGGCCGUGCGCAAGAAGCUCAUCAACCUGCGCAACCAGUUCACCAACGAGUGGCAGAAGAUGGACCGCAGCAGCAACUCGGCCAAGCCGUACCGAACCAAGUGGGCCUUCUACAAGUCCCUCACUUUCCUCAAGGAUGUCGUACUGCCACGAAAGCCCAGGAACGCCUUGCAUCACGAGGGCGUACACAUGAGGAUGCCUCCGAUGGGCGUCCAGGGUUUCGACUCCCGCUCGAUGGACAUGAGCCCGAGCUUUGGUUUUGCCAGGGAGCGGCGGCUCCAAGAUGUCCCGCAGUUCCAUCACGACGGCCUGCGACUUGAGAAUUCUGCGCAGAACCAUCAGAACCACAGGGCAUCGCACAACAACGAAGAUUCCUCGCACCUCGACGGGGCCUCCGGCGGGCCCGCGCUGCUGGACGGCGUAGGGUCGCAGCACCAGGACGGCCACCGAGACAGCUCUUCGCAUCAGACGCCGCCGCAACACCAGCCGCCUCAGGACCAGGACGUGACCGUGAUCGGGGCGGGCGCCGACGUGGACGACCUGGAGCUGUCGCAGUCCAGCAACUCGUUGGUGCUCUCGCCCGAGGUGACGCUCGAGGAGCCGUCGUCCAGCGAGAGGCGGAUCCUCCCGGCGGAAGAUGACGGGUUCCACCAAGAUAUACGACCAACGUACACAUUUCCAGGGGAGCGUUACGGCGACAUCCAGAGGGGCGACCACGUGGACGCAUUCACGUGCUACAUCGGCACCGAGCUGCGGCGCAUUCCGGAUGAGGAGACUGUGGGCCAGCUGAAGCUGCAGAUCCUCAAGCUCAUCUUCGACGCCCAGGCGACCACCGUCGCCUAUGGCAACGCGCACCCACAGCAGUGAUGGCGUGCGCUCCCGUCAACGAUGAAACACUGCCAACGACAGCGGACUACGCGUGUACUACAGUGCGGUCCAGUGUCGCAGGGAACGCCUUAGUAACAUGCAGCAUAGGGUAAGGCCCCCAACCGCACCCAAGGCUUGAGUAUCCAGUCGAGUGUAUCCGGACUUUAGUAUACGGCCUUCGGAUUUGCGACGCUAAACGAAGGAGGAAAUCCGGCCCUUCAUUGUGAAAUUAGGUGUUCCCUGUCACACUGGGCAGGACCGUAUAUAUACAAUAUUCUGCCGUUUUAUGCAUACCUAGUGAUAGAAGGGAACAAGACUAUAGUGAUUGAUGAAAAAGACCUAAGCGCCUUCCGCGCGCUUCCGCGUCUCGUAAGAACUCUGCCCGGUGACGGCGUGACGUUCAUUAUGCGAUAUUUGUGAGCAGUUAGUUGGCGCUCGCAAACGUUUACCCAAUUAUUCCGCUGCGAAAACCGGCCUACUUAUAGCGCGCAGUGCACCUAACCGAUGACAAGCAGCAACGAUCUCUACGAGAGCUUUCUUUUACAAGUGCACACGUGCGGAGAGCAUGCAACCUCGUUGGUACGAUAUGUUAUAAACGGUGCCACGCGUCGACGCUGCGCGCUUUUGGCGCUCACGUCUUGUUAGGCACCUGUCUCCUUUAAAGUACGAUAGUAUCUACAGGCUCAUUGCAAAAUAGCAUCAAAGUAGUCGCUUUCCGUUCAACGAAAAACGCAGUUUGGCACUUACGUUCGCGUUGCGGUCGUGUCACUGCAUCUAUGCACAAGCGAGGUAAUCGCACGACGCCGAUCGGUAGGAUGCUGCGUCACUGCUGACUUCAAUUUUAUAUUAACUGUUGGCUUUUGGACACGUGCUCUGCCAGGCUUUGAGCCCAAACGAAAGCUGGGAAUGACAACAGUAGUGCACAUACGCACGUGCUAUUUUUAUUUUUCUGUAUAGCCUUAUAUAAUGCAAUGGCGUAGCGGCGGCUGGGUUUAGUUUAGUCGGACCAGGUUCAAGGUUUAUACAUUGGAUGGCUUGCACGAAGUUCUGUCAAGCGCCUGCUGUACUACGUUCGAGUUUGCGGAGAGAGACGAACGAACCGCUACGACACCGUAAGCUGCAGCAACGUUGACUUUACUGUGGAAGUGCGCAAACAAAUGUGCGCAAAACGUACGCCCGUGUUCACUUUAAACUUAACGCUGCGCAUCUGGAAACCACAAAGUCUACAGAUACUGGUUAGCUAGUUAGUCAUACAUGACCUAUUUAAAGCAGCGCACUUGUUAUUUAGAAAAGCAGCACCUUUAAAGCCUGUACUGAUAUAACGUGAGAGAGCUACCGGCGUAUUGCCGAGAAUUCUUGUGCAAUUUCUGUGUGUACGCCCCAGUCUUUGGGGGUGUGAGGGGUCACGUAGAGGGUACAUAUAUAGACACGUUAUGUGCAUGCAAGGUCACAAGAUGAACGCCAUAUAUUUCCGUGCAUUACUGUCGAAUCGCUCGCAACGAGGCUCCAGUCACGUAAGCGAGCAGCCAAACGAAGACGGCUCUUCCGGCCCCCACGCUCCAACGAAUGUAUGCGUGAAUGUGUGUGCGUGUGCGUGCGUGCCUGUAAGCGUCAGUUUUCGCAAAAGACGUGAAAAAUGCUGGUUUAUGAAUAAACGUACGCACGGAUGUGAUGAAAUUCCUUCCCUGAUCCUGCCGUGCAGGUUUAUUUUAUUGA